UCGUGAAAAGCUUGCUUUUUUGGAGGCAUUAGCGUGAGAAAGAAGCAAAAAUCAAUUGAAAUUGAUAUAUUCACUUGUAAUUUGAUUUCAAUUACCAGCGAAAGUAGUUUCAGAGAAAUGGCCGUCAAAGGUAAGAAAGUUCAGAAGCAACAGCAGAAACCGGUGCCGAAAUUGGUAAAGCCAUCGAAGGAGGAAGAAGAGGAGGAGUUGGAGGAGGAUGAUGAUGUAGAGGACGAAGAGUUGGAGGAACAAUCGGACGAAGAUGUUGCUGAGAAAGAGGAGGAUGAGGAUGAUGAUGAUGAAUCAGACGAGGAGGAAGAUGACGAGGACGAAAAAGACGAUGAAGAGGACGAGGAUGAUGAUGCUGAGGAAAAAGUAGAAGGAGAAGAAAAGAAGGAGGCUGCCAAAGACUCAGAUGAAGAUGAAUCCAUGCAGACUACGAUUUUUGUCGGUCACAUCAACUAUCAGCUUACGCAGAAAGAACUGAAUGACUUUUUCGGUAAAGCCGGUGAAAUCGAAUCCAGCAGAAUCAUCCCGAAGAGGGGAUAUGCAUUUGUUACGUACAAGGAAGGAGCUUCCGUUGUUGAAGCAUUGAAAUUGGACAAACAGGUCCUUUCCGGUAAGCCGGUGCACGUGGAACGGGUCAAAUCUAAAAGGUCCGAUAACCAGAAGAGGCAAGAGAUGAAACGCAAGUCCAACAAGGAUCAAAACGAAAAGGGCGCCAAGAAGGCCAAAUUGGACGACAAAACAGUCAAGCCGAAAAAGUUCUUCCCCCCGAAGGAAGGAAAGGGCCCCGCUGGGAAAGGCAAACCGAAAACUGAACAGAAGCCACAUUCGAGUAAGAAGCCGAACAAACCAGCAGCAGGAAAAUUCGUGAAGCCUACGGCUUGAAGAUUAUUAAUAAUUUAAUUUUCAAUAUCCUUACCUAGCAUAAGAUAUACAUUUACAAAAAAGUGUACAAUAAAUAUUGGUAUUUGAAGAUUACUAU